AUGACAAACCAGAAUGCUAACGAUCCAACCAAGGAAAUACGAAACGUGCUUUCUCAAAUGGUACAGCGAAAGUAUGAAGCCCCAAUCGAUGGUUAUCAGACUUCAGCGCCACCAAUAUCUAACGCAAACCUAGAGUAUCUGCGCGGUAAUACCUCAGACAAAGACUGUGCCAAGGUCUUCGAGGAAUACCAGAAAUGCCUCUCGAAAACCCUUAAGGAACGAGGGCUUGAUGGCAUGGUGAAAGAAGCCCGCAAUGGCAGUAAAGAAAGCGACGAGGAGUUUCUGAAGAAGGCUUGCGACAAAAGCAAGUCAUGGACAAUAGCCAUAAACCUGAUACAAACUCCCGGCAGUGAAAGGACGUUGAAGAUCGAUGCGAUGCCAAUAGCGCUCGAGACAUGGGAUAUAGAAAACAUAGACAACGACAUAGGAGGAAAGGAAGUCAUCCUUCAAGAGAGCUAAAAGACGAGCCACCGGUAUUCCAGAAGAAAACGCGCUUGAGCGCCGUUGGGAAGCAAAUAACUUCUUACCUCGAUAUCUUAAUACCACAAGCGACACAUGGAAUAUUCGUCCAGGAUGCGCAAUGCCUGUUGCAAAAUUUCCUUUGCAGCGGGGUUUUCUUCCUCCAACCCGUAGUGCCGGUAAUCGUCGAUGAUGUCCGAUAUUCGUCUUUUAUCUGCUGGAACGCGUCUGCCUGGUUUCAAGCCUUUGUUAUAUCUUGAUUCCAAGUCUUUGGGCGUGGCGGGGGGAAACCUUUUGUUGAAUUCGGUUUCGAUCUCCCGCCAAGUUAGGUUCGUACCGAGCCGGAGGGUUGCGACGAAGAUAUCCUCUUCAACUGUCCACUUCCCAUGCAUCUUAUUUCCUUGGUGGAUCGUAUCAGCUAGCGAGGACAAGAGAUAGUUGUGAAACUGUUAUAUGUGAGAACGUGGUAUGAGAAGAGGUCGUCCUUGUGUGUAUGAGUGUAUGUACGUGUUGACAUGUUUAUGUUUUUAUUCAAAGAAUGCCAUUCUCACUGGUUUUCACCUCUGGCGCAUGGGAAACAACGACAAUAUCGCCCUGGUGAAUCUUUGCCUUGUGUUCCUUUAAACCAUUUGCUAUCUCAGCCUAUGUGAAGUUUUGUUUAAUAAUGGGAUAAUUGCUUCUGCAUGUACCUUCUUAGAGCCUUUCUUGGAUACCAUUUUUCUUUGUCGUUUCCCCC